AUGGCGGCCAAAGACUUGGUGCUCUCCAUCUCUUGGGCUCAGUUCGCUUCCAUCGCAUUCGUCAUCUGGGCUUUGUACGCGGUGACGGUGGCGAUUCGACGUCUAUGGAUCAGCCCAAUCGCCCACAUCCCAGGUCCUAAACUGGCUGCUCUCAGCCAGUACUACGAGUUCUUUUAUGACAUUAUCCUGGGUGGUCAGUACACCUUCAGGAUAAUCGAAAUGCACAAAAAGUAUGGCGGCAUUGUUCGCAUCAACCCCUGGGAGGUGCACGUCGCCGACUGCGACUUCCACUCAGAGUUGUACUCGACCAAGCCGCGAGACAAGUGGGCGUUUUAUGCGAAGCAGUUUGGCGCUCCUCACUGUGCUCUGGCGACGCUCGACCACUACCACCACAAACUGCGACGCAGCGCGCUGAACCCCUUCUUCUCAACGCAGAGCGUCCGAAACUUGCAACCGGUGCUGGACGAGCGGGUGAACGCCCUUUUGGAAGCGUUGGAGCGCUGUGCGACAAGGCAGCGUGGCCGGCCGUUGAACGUCAUGUAUCCCUUUUCGGCCUUCUCCAACGAUGUCAUCAACGAAUACGCGUUUGCAAGGAGCGACCAUCUGAUCGAGGAGCCAGACUUUGGCGCCGAGGUCACCGACAACCUGCUGACUGGAACGCACAUGGGCAUGUUCGUCAAGCACAUGAGUUGGGCCCUGCGUCUCGUCAGCAGCCUUCCGGAGUCGUUUUCGGGUUGCUGGGUUCCCGGUUGGGGAGGCUUCUUGAAGAUGAAGAAGGACAUCGUCGACCAGAUCUGCGAGAUCAAGGCAUCGGAGAAUACGGCCAAGUGGCAGCUGGAUGUCAGCCACCCGACCAUCUUUCACGAGAUGCUCUCGUCGAAGCUACUACCGGCCGAGGAGAAGACGCCGACGCGGCUUGCGCAGGAGGGACAGAUCCUCGUCCAAGGUGGCACGCUGACCACAUCCUGGACGCUGACCAUGGCCAUCUUCCACCUCCUUCACCAGCCAGACAAGCUGCGGAGGUUGCGGGACGAACUUUUCGAAGCCAUGCCGGAGCCGGACGAGGCGGUCCCUCUCGCCCGGCUGGAGAAGCUGCCCUAUCUUCGGGCCGUCGUCAAGGAGGCGCUUCGACACAACAUUGGCACGAGCGGUCGACUUCCUCGCAUUGCACCCCACGAAGUAUUGGCCUGGACGGAUCCAAAGACGGGCAAGAGAUGGACGAUACCGCCGGGGAGCGUCGUCAGCAUGAGCCCGUUCUUGCUCAUGUCGAACGACGACGUCUUCCCGGAUGCGGUGGGUUUCCAUCCAGAGCGAUGGCUCGAGGGUGCCGGCGAGGGGCUCGAAAAGUACCUCAUCCAGGUCUUCGGGGGUGGCACGCGGAUUUGUCUAGGCAUGGCCCUUGCCCACGCCGAGCUGCACCUGCUGCUGGCGAAGCUGUUCCGCCGCUGGGGAGGCGGCGGGCGCGUUGGCGAGACGACCGACGGCGACCGAAGGCCGGGAGACGUUGGCGUGUUGAAGAUCUUCGAGACGACGGCUCGAGACUGCCAGAUGGCGUCGGACUACUUCGUGCCCAUCCCGUACAAGGGCAGCAAGGGCGUCCGUGUCGUGAUGGAGCUGAACUGA